GUCCCGAUGGAGAGAAGGCCUGGCCAAAGAAAUACCCAUUUUGUGGAGGAGUGUUCCAAUCACCGAUUGAUUUCCACAAAGAUAUUCUCCAGUAUGAUUCUAAUCUCUUGCCUUUAGAAUUCAUAGGCUAUAACGUGUCCCCCACUGAGCAGUUCACAUUGACCAAUAAUGGUCACUCAGUGAAAAUGUAUCUGUCCCCGACCAUGUCCCUGAGAAAGCUCCCGUUCUUGUACUCUGCAUCCCAACUGCACCUGCACUGGGGGAGCCAGAACCGCUCGGGGGGCUCCGAGCACACGGUCAGCGGGAAGCAUUUCGCAGCAGAGCUGCACAUUGUACACUACAACUCUGAGAAGUACCCAGAUAUAGCAGCAGCGAUGGACAAGACAGAUGGAUUGGCAGUUCUGGCUGUUCUCCUUGAGAUUGGAGCCUUCAAUCCAUCCUAUGAGAAGAUCUUCAAGCACUUUCGGAAUGUGAAAUACAAGGAUCAGAUGGUCAAAGUCCCUGGUUUCAAUGUUCAAGAGCUGCUUCCUGACAGACUGGAUGAGUAUUAUCGCUAUGAAGGAUCCCUGACAACUCCUCCCUGCUACCCUAGUGUGCUCUGGACAGUUUUCAGACACCCUGUCACAAUUUCACAGGAGCAGCUCCUGGCACUGGAAACAGCCAUGUACUGCACAGAGAGGGAUGACCCAGAACCCCUGGAAAUGGUUGAUAACUUCAGAAACGUUCAGGAAUUUCACGAGAGACUGGUUUUCAUCUCCUUCCAGGAGGGUUUUCUUGUUUCUGUUGUGAUCAGUUGUGUUCUGGGAGUUCUCACCAUUCUUGCAGUAAUCUUCUGGCUGCUGAAGAAAAGCUGCAAAAAGUGGGGGCGAGACAACAGAGGAGUCCCCUACAAACCAGGGCAGGACAAGGAGGAAGAAGAAAUCUCCAAACUUUGA